CAAGCGUUAAUCUUCGUUUUUUUUUCCCUUUUAAAUUAGCAGCAAAAAUACAGAGAGAAUUUUCCUUUUUGCUCUCUUAUUUUUAUCUUUCUCUCUGCUAAGUCCUCAAGAAUUCAACUCGUUUUCGUAUCCAUGGAAGCUAACCACUCUUUCACAAGGUUGGUUCUGAUACGUGGAAUUUAACUUGGAUUUCCUUAUAUGAAGAUGGACAUCACUCUUUUGGAUAAUGACGUGGAGGGCAUUGAAUAUGAACCAUCUGGGAAAUCACUUGCUUCGUGUUCCCUUUUGGAUGAAAUUUCCGGAGAUCCACAGCUGAUUCCUCGUGUUGGAGAUCAAUACCAAGCAGAAAUUCCACCUCUAGUUGGCGAAUGUCGGAGUUUACAGGUUGUAAUGCAGCCAGUGGAUGCGAAUGUCAUAUCGAAUGUCCUGAACCCUUUUACGGCAGGGUUGCCUAUCCCUCUUUUCUGGACAAAGACUGAAGUUGAAAGCAUAAAUGGUGCUUCUGAAUUUGAAAACAUUGAUGAGAGUCGCAUUACUUCGAGCCAUGGCUGUGGAGAGUAUAAAGUUGAAAAUCUAUAUCCUACAUUAGGUGAUAGGAAAGGCAUGGAAGAGAAUUCUGAGCUUCAACCUAUAACUGGGGGUAAGAUGGAUUCCGGUGCUUGUCCUCGCCCAGGCUCUUCGAGUGAAGUAUGGAAGGAUAUCGAACUUGACAGUUUUCUUCUCGGGCUAUACAUCUUUGGAAAAAACCUUAUCCUUGUGAAAAAUUUUGUUGAGAGUAAAGCCAUGGGAGAGAUAUUGUCUUUCUAUUAUGGAAAAUUUUACAAGUCCGAUGGAUAUAGUAGAUGGUCAGAAUGCCGAAAGUUACGAAGCAGACGGUGUGUUCAUGGACAAAAGCUGUUCGCUGGGUGGAGGCAACAUGAAUUAUUAUCUCGAUUAUUUUCUCAUAAUUCAAAAGAAUGUCAAGAUAUGUUGCUUGAGGUUUCUAAUAAAUUUGGAGAAGGAAAAGUUACCUUCGAGGAAUAUGUAUUCGCUAUAAGGAACACAGUAGGUAUUGGUAUGCUCGUAAACGCCGUAAGUAUUGGCAAAGGAAAGCUAGACCUCACUGGCAAUGCUAUGGAGCUAGUAAAAGUGAAUAAUGUAGUUUCUUUUCGUCCCGAAAUUCCGGUUGGCAAAGCUUGUUCUAGUCUUACGUCAGCAGAGAUUAUCAAGUUCCUGACUGGAGAUUUUAGGUUGAGCAAAGCUAGAUCUAACGAUCUUUUCUGGGAAGCUGUUUGGCCUCGACUUUUAGCUAGGGGUUGGCACUCUGAACAACCAAAAGAUCAGGCCUUUUCUGGUUUAAAGAAUUCUCUGGUGUUCCUUGUACCUGGUGUUAAGAAGUUUUCGAGGAGGAGACUAGUGAAAGGUGACCAUUAUUUUGACUCCAUUAGUGACGUUCUUAAUAAAGUUGCAUCGGAACCGGGCCUUCUUGAGCUUGAAAAUGAAGGGCCAAAAGGCAGCGGAGAGGACCUAGAAAAUAAGUUGGACCCUGUAAUAAAACAAGACCCUGAUACUAAUUCUCCAAAAGAUAAACGUAAUUGUUACCUCAAGCCGCGAAAAUCUGGCUGCAACCGAGAUCUAAUGAAGUUUACUAUUGUAGAUACUAGUUUGGUCAGAGGGGCUGAACGAUCUCAAGUUAGAGAGCUCAGAAGCUUACCUGUUGAAGCUACAAGCUUAUCCACCCCUUCUAGUAUUUCCAGCGAUUCUGAGGAGGAUACAUCGAGUGACUCUGAAGAUGAAACAGAAGAGACUAGUACUACAAAUGCCCCAGAAGCUGCCAUGGUUAAUGGGGGAGAAUGUGUCGACAUUUCGGAUUGUGUAAAUAGCAACUCAAAUAUUGCUAUUCCCCACACCUCUGAUAGAAGCUUUAUAUCAGUGGAAAAUCGAGAAAACCGCAACAGAAGUCUGCUUCAUGACUUGGAAGAAAAGAUUGAGAAGAAUGAUUUCAGCCAAAAGGUGAAGCGUAGCGAUUCAAAAAAUUCAGUUCCUGUUACUAAACUGAGGGUAUUGACCGAUUGUAUCAAUGGAGAAUCUAGCUGCAGUGUUGAAAACAUUUCAGUUGACAGGAUGUUAAAUGAGAACAAUUCACACUGUAGGUCUAAUUCGCCCGAUGCUUGUGAAGAUAUGGUUAUUCAAACGGGAUCACAAAACUUGUCACCUGCGAGUUCUAUGUCUAAAGGCAGUCCUGACCGGAGAAAGGAAGGCGUUGUUUCUGAAAACCGCUUGCAUGUAGAAGGAUUUCCGACAAAGACUCGGUCACAUAUAAUGAUAGACUUAAAUGUUCCUCAGGUUUCAACUGGGUUCGAAACUGAUGGACCCUUCUUCUCAGAUAUGGUGCAAAACAGUGACAAUUCUUGUUCACAGAUAUCUUUCUUUCAGUCUGAGAUAACAGUGCAGCCCGAGUCAUUGAAUUCGAAGAUUCCCGAUAAAGGUGCUGACGUCAAUCAGCAUCCUUCAUCGCAAAACCGGAGGCAGAGCACUAGGAACAGACCGCUAACCACAAAAGCAUUAGAAGCUCUUGAAUGUGGGUUCUUCAAUCCCAAGAGGAAGAGAAAGACAGCAGAGGCUUCCCAGAAUAACUCACGACGAGUACGUUCGAGGCCUCAUGUUAGUGCCCAUUUUAGAAACGGUGCUAAUAACCCCAACAUGGGUGGAACUAAGGAUGGUUUCUGCAGUGCCAAGAACACAGCCAGUCAGUCUCACAUCACAAUCCGAGACACUGAGAAAUGAGCGGUGAAUCGCAACAUACAAACUGUUCCAGAAAGAAACCACACACCCCCACCAUGUCCUCCGAAGCACUGCAUUUUUCGGUGAUUGCUCAUUUCGAUUUUUGUAUUUCCCUAGUCAAUCAUGUAUUCACUGCAACUGUCCGCAUGGUCGCUACCAAUGUCCGGCGAAAACCCGGAAGUUCAAAACAUGUUCAUCUUAAACAUAAGUCGGUUUCAACGAAUGUUGAUCUGAUUUGGGGUCAUAAUUUCCAGCCUAAAAACAACUAGCACAGGUGGUUCUUACUGUCUUCUUCAUAAUUUGACCUGCAAACAGAUGACUGUUAUUUUUCCAGUUAAUUUAUCUCUUUCCAAUACAAAAUCAUGUUGUCCAACCUUAACAAACUCGUCCUGUUGUUAAGUAAAGCGUGUUUGGUCUU